ACCAAGGUGUUGCAAUUCAAGAUAAGAAAGCCCCUAUAAAAGACCACUGGCAAUUUCAGUCGUGCUCACAAGCCUGACCAAACGUAAGAUGAAGAUCCUCAUUGUGCUAUCAACUCUUUUGGCCGUUUCCCUGGCCCUUCCCACUCUUCCUGUCUCUUCUGUGGGAAGUGGAAGGAUUGUGGGGGGUGUAGAUGCCCUACCGGGUGAAUUUCCCCAAAUAUGUUCCCUUCAAUGGGUUAUCCUAACGGCUAGCACUCACGUCUGCGGUGCCUCAGUCAUCAACCACAAUUGGGUCAUGACUGCUGCUCACUGCAUCACUGAGACUCCCAAUGUCGGUCGUCUUGAAGUUCUCUGUGGAAAGCACAAUUUGGCCAUCACUGAGCCUCAUCAAGCACGAGUUGGAAUUGCAAAUUCCAUCCUUCAUGAGAACUGGGUGCCAGGCGCUGUUGGGCCUUUCGAUAUUGCUCUUAUUCGCCUGUCUGCUCCUCUGGUCUACAAUCCCUGGAUCCAGCCAGUAGUACUCCCAACUGCUGGUAGUCAUCCUUCUGGAGCCAGUACUAUUAUUGGUUGGGGCAAUACAUCCGGUGGAACAAUCCCCAAUAAUCCCAAUAUCCUCCAAAAGGCUCCAGUGCCUAUCAUUGAUUAUGGCGUUUGCCGCAGCGCCCUGGAAGAACUCCAGGCUGGUCAUGUAUUCGACGAUACUAAGGUGUGCACCGGACCCCUCACAGGAGGCAUUAGUGCUUGCAGUGGCGACUCUGGCUCUCCAGUCCUUCAGGCAGGUGGUGUUCAGGUGGGCAUUGUAUCCUGGGGAUUCAUUCCAUGCGGACAAGUAGGAGCACCAUCAGUCCACACCCGUGUAUCCCACUUUAUUCAAUGGAUCAACAACAUCGUCGACUGAUCCGAAAUUGCAGACUGGCAAUUUUGCCCAUUAAUCCGUAUCAGAAGCCAAAGCAAUUACAAUAAAGUGGAACAUUUUUCUCAUUCGUACAGUA